UUCGUGAUUGGACCUGCCAACUCUCCACUCUUCUUCUUGUUCGAUGGCGGUGACGGCUGUGUAACGCGGCUGUAUAUUUUACAUACCUACCUGCCUUCCUCCAGCUCCGACUUGCCCGGCUACGACGACUACGACGAUUCCGACACCCUGUGAUUUCUUCUCCCUCACUGGCAGUUGACUUGAAGCUCACUUGCGCCAAGUGAUCUCCGGUUAACUGUCUCACCCGUUCUCAUUUUUUUUAAUCUCCUCUCCCCCCCUCGUGAGAGGGGAACCUGCCCGCCAUGACUUCCAGACUGGAUCGCCUGGUCACUUUGCUGGAGACGGGCAGCACGCCUCUCAUCCGGAACACGGCCGCCCAGCAGCUGGCUGAUGUUCAAAAACAACAUCCCGACGAGCUCUUCAAUCUCCUGGGUCGCAUUCUUCCCUAUCUUCGGUCCAAGUCGUGGGAUACCCGCACGGCUUCCGCCAAGGCCAUCGGUCUGAUCGUCACUAAUGCAGAUGUCUUUGAUCCGAAUGAAGACGAUGGUCUGCAGAUUAAGAAGGCUGAUGAUGACGACGACGAACUGGACGUCGAGAUCAAGGCUGAGGAAGAGCAGCCCCCGUCCGCGGAAGAUCCGUUGCUCCAGCUGGACCGCCUAGACCUGACCGCGAUUCUAAGAUACGGCAAGAGGCUGUUGGGCAGUGCCGGCAAGGAAUACGAGUACUCACUGGCCGCUCUAGACCCGGCAUCCCGGCUGCAACAUCAAAAGAAAACACUAAUCUCCCGACUGGGUCUCGCAGGAGAGUACAUCGACGAGGACCUGAUUGACGACAAUGACCUGGUUCACAAGCCGGCGCAUGGGACGAAGGAGGUUCCCUCGCCUAUCUCGCGGGAGAACAGCAACGGUAGUAACAACCACCACGGCAUGAACCCCCCUGCGGUCGCGUCGCCAGGUGAGCCUGCCAACGGCGAGGAGGCGGGUCUGAGCAAGCGGCAACUGAACCAGCUCAAACGCAAAAACAAGCAGAGUGCGAAGCUGGGCGCGAACAAGGUCCGGCUGGUGGAUAUCUCCGCGCGACGGCCCUCCGAAAACGUUACCACUCCCUCGGCAACGACGCCCCACCCAGUAAAGGCGGAGAAUGGGGAGGAGCGGAAUGGCGACUCGAAGCCCGAUUAUUUCUCUCUGGACCGAUCCAGCGCCGAUGACGACUCGAAGAUUGUCACGGAAUUCAAGGGAGAGGUGACACCCGCAAAACCCAUCAUCCAGCCGGAGCUGGUCGACGAGGGACCCAGUCCGGUGUGGCCCUUUGAUCCCAUGUGUGAUUUCCUCAUGAUCGAUAUCUUUGAUCCGAACUGGGAGGUUCGUCACGGGGCGGCGAUGGCUCUUCGUGAAGUCAUUCGAGUGCAAGGCGCCGGUGCCGGUCGGGUGCGCGGGAAAACGAGAGCCGAAAAUGAUACCCUCAAUCGCAAGUGGCUGGACGAUCUAGCCUGCCGUCUUCUCUGCGUUCUCAUGCUCGACCGCUUUGGAGACUACAUCUCCGAUAAUGUUGUUGCUCCGAUUCGCGAGACCGUCGGUCAAACGUUGGGUGCCCUCUUGUCCCAGCUCAGCACACGGACAGUGGUUUCCGUCUACAAGUGCCUCUAUCGGGUCAUCAUGCAGAAAGACCUGGACCUGGAGCGCCCCAUUUGGGAAGUAUGCCAUGGCGGUAUGAUCGGUCUUCGAUACCUGGUGGCGGUGCGAAAGGAUCUACUCGUGAAGGAUGCUAAGCUGAUGGAUGGUGUUUUGGAGGCGGUUAUGAAGGGCCUAGGGGACUUCGACGACGACGUCCGUGCAGUGAGUGCCGCCACGCUGGUCCCCAUCGCGGAGGAAUUCGUCACCUCUCGACAGGGAACGUUGGGCCCCCUCAUGACCAUCGUGUGGGAUUGCCUUUCGAAUUUGCAGGAUGACCUGAGUGCCAGUACGGGCUCAGUGAUGGACCUGCUGGCAAAGCUCUGCACAUUCCGAGAAGUGCUCGAAGCUAUGAAAAUCAACGCAGCCGUCGAUUCGGAGUCCUCGUUUGGCAACCUCGUCCCUCGCCUCUACCCCUUCUUGCGACACACGAUUACUAGCGUACGUUCUGCCGUGCUUCGAGCCCUGAUGACCUUCUUGAAACUCGAGGGUGAGGGUACCAACGAGUGGGUCAAUGGCAAAGCACUACGUCUCAUCUUCCAGAACCUGUUGGUUGAGCGGAACGAAAGCGUUCUGAGACUGUCUCUCCAAGUGUGGUCGGAAUUGUUGAAGGCCCUGGAGACUCGCGGAUCAUUCAGCCUUGAGGCCGAACUAUUGAGCAAUGUCCAACCCCUCAUCACAUUAACCAUGGCACCUUUCGGUGUCCCCCGCUACCCCAUCCCCAUGAACGCCUCCCUUUUCAUCAAACCGUCCGGCUUGCCGUUCCCAACAAGCGCUGCUGCUCCCGCGAGGUCUUCUCCCAGCUCAAAUAACGCUGGGCCUGAUGGGGCCAAGAAGCGCGGGCGCAAGGCCGAAAAGAAGGAAAUUCCACCGCCGCCUUCGGCGCACAAUGUUGAUGGGCACAUGCUCCAAGGUGACAUUGACCUUGUCGGCACGGAUACGAUGCUACGGUCCAAGAUUCACGCCUCCAAAGCCCUCGGAGAAUUCCUUCAUUUCUGGGACAAGAAUGGACUCUCAAACCUUUGGCCUACUAUUUUGGAAGGUCUCAACCACCCCGCGUCGACUUCGCAACUCUCAUCUGCCAUGGUCAUCGAAGAAUAUGCCAGGUUCGCCGGUCCCGGCACCAAGUACACUUCUCAAUUAUGUGAGAAGUUGCGCCCGAUCUUGGAAGGAGACCGUCCGCUAUGGUAUAGUGAUAUCGCGUGCUAUCUCCACGUGGCUCGCGCACAGUGCCAUUCACUGCUGAAUGCUUUCCGGGACCAUGGGCAUGUCCCUGGGUCACGACUGCCCGUCUUGGCCGUUAUCGUUCAAGGGGACCCCGAAGCUGGUCCGAGUGCGUUCUCGCUAUCUGAUGCUGAAAAGGUGAUCGGGCCCGACUUCGACAGGCUAAAUAAGAGCCUGACGCCCAUGCACCGGAUGACUGCCAACCAGGUACUGACCGACACACGUGCAACCGCUGAAAGUGCCAUCUCUGAGGCACGAAACGUCCGUGAGCAGAGAGACAUGCGUGUCCGAGCCGCGGCAGCCGGUGCCUUGGUUGCAUUGCAUGACAUCCCCAAGAAGCCCGGUCAUCUCAUCAAAGGAAUCAUGGACAACAUCAAAAAGGAAGAAAAUGCCGAGCUUCAGCAACGCUCUUCAACCGCGGUUGUUACACUGGUGGAGUACUACACGACCGCCGCCAAGAGAGGACCCAUCGACAAGGUCAUUGGAAACUUGGUCAAGUAUUGCUGCGUGGAUACGUCAGAGACCCCCGAGUUCCAUCACAAUGCCAGCCUGGAAAAAUCGAUCCUAUCGCUUCGCAAGGAAGAAGAUCGACGCGACCAUCCGGAUGCGGCGAAGUUCGAGAAGGAGGCAAAGGAUGCGAGAAUCAUGCGCCGAGGUGCCAAGGAUGCUCUCGAGCAGCUCGCAGUCAAAUUUGGCGCCGACCUUAUGGAGAAAGUGCCCAACCUGGCAGCCCUGGUCGAGCGUCCGCUCAAAGAAGCACUCUCUGGUGACCUUCCGGCUAACAUUCUGGAUCCCGACAAUGACUUGGGCCAGGAAGCCGUGGACGGACUGUCAACGCUCCGUGCCAUUCUUCCUAAGUUCGAUCCGGGUCUUUACCCGUGGGUGGUUGGUCUCAUGCCAACUGUGGCCAAGGCCCUGCAAUGCGAGCUCUCCGUCAUUCGUUAUGCAGCUGCCAAAUGUUUCGCUACGAUAUGCAGCGUUAUUACGGUGGAGGGCAUGACCAUGCUGGUCGAGAAAGUACUGCCUACUAUCAACAACGCUUUGGAUGUCCACCACCGCCAAGGAGCCGUCGAAUGUAUCUAUCACCUCAUCCAUGUUAUGGAAGACGGAAUCCUGCCUUACGUUAUCUUCCUUGUCGUGCCGGUCCUGGGGCGAAUGAGUGACUCUGAUAACGAUGUGAGACUGCUGGCCACCACAUCAUUCGCGACAUUAGUCAAACUCGUUCCUCUGGAGGCCGGCAUUCCAGACCCGCCUGGCCUCUCGGAGGAGCUGCUCAAGGGCCGUGAACGAGAGAGGAAGUUUAUGUCCCAGAUGCUGGAUGUGCGAAAGGUGGAGGAAUUCCAGCUACCAGUCUCCAUCAAGGCGGAGCUUCGACCCUACCAGCAAGAGGGUGUUAACUGGCUUGCCUUCCUCAAUCGCUACAAUCUGCAUGGUAUUCUCUGCGAUGACAUGGGUCUUGGAAAAACCUUGCAGACUAUUUGCAUUGUUGCUAGCGAUCAUCAUAUGCGUGCCGAAGAAUACGCGCGAACCCAAACGUCGGAUUCCAGAAAGCUUCCGUCUUUGAUCGUCUGCCCGCCAUCUCUUUCUGGACACUGGCAGCAAGAGAUCAAACAAUAUGCCCCAUUCCUCAACAGCGUCGCAUACGUUGGACCGCCGGUGGAACGUGCUCGACUAAGAGGCGCCCUCGCCGACGCCGACAUUGUGGUGACCUCGUACGACAUCUGUCGCAAUGACAAUGACAUCCUCAACCCCAUCAGCUGGAACUACUGCGUUCUGGAUGAAGGUCACUUGAUCAAGAACCCCAAGGCCAAGGUCACUUUAGCGGUCAAGCGUGUCGUCAGCAACCACCGGUUGAUCCUCUCCGGUACUCCGAUCCAGAACAACGUGCUGGAGCUGUGGUCCCUCUUUGACUUCCUGAUGCCUGGAUUCCUGGGAACGGAGAAGGUUUUCCUAGACCGGUUUGCCAAACCAAUUGCGGCAAGUCGUUUCAGCAAGUCUUCCUCGAAGGAGCAAGAGGCUGGAGCACUGGCAAUUGAAGCUCUGCACAAGCAGGUCCUACCAUUCUUGCUGCGUCGUCUGAAGGAGGAGGUGCUUAACGACUUGCCUCCGAAGAUCAUCCAGAAUUAUUACUGUGACCCUAGUGAGCUCCAAAAGAGACUCUUUGAGGAUUUCACAAAGAAGGAGCAGAAGAGUCUCACAAACAAGGUGGGCAGCUCUGAAAAAUCCGACAAGGAGCACAUCUUCCAAGCAUUGCAAUACAUGCGCCGUCUUUGCAACUCCCCGGCGCUUGUCGUUAAAGAAGGACACAAACAGUACAAUGAGGUCCAGACCUACCUCAACACGAAGAAUUCCUACAUCCGAGAUGUGUCCCACGCCCCUAAACUCAGCGCCCUGCGCGAUCUCAUGCUCGACUGCGGUAUCGGCAUUGAUCCACCCAGCGAAGGUGAUCUGGCUACCGGGGCCAGCUACGUCAGCCCGCACCGAGCCUUGGUCUUCUGUCAGAUGAAGGAGAUGCUGGACAUUGUACAGAGUGAAGUUUUCAAGAAACUUCUUCCUUCCGUUCAAUAUCUCCGCCUGGACGGCAGCGUCGAAGCAACCAAACGUCAAGACAUCGUCAACCGAUUCAACACGGAUCCCAGUUACGAUGUCCUGCUUCUGACUACUAGCGUCGGUGGGUUGGGUCUGAACCUGACGGGAGCCGACACUGUCAUCUUCGUGGAGCACGACUGGAACCCUCAGAAGGAUAUCCAGGCCAUGGACCGUGCCCAUCGUAUCGGCCAGAAGAAGGUCGUCAAUGUCUACCGAUUGAUCACCCGGGGAACGCUGGAGGAGAAGAUUCUGAAUCUACAACGAUUCAAGAUCGACGUCGCAUCCACAGUGGUCAAUCAACAAAACGCCGGCCUAAAUACCAUGGAUACAGACCAGCUCCUGGAUCUCUUCAACUUAGGUGAAACGGCCGAUAAUGCCGAGAAGCCCAGCGACACUGCCACAGGCAACGAAGUCGACAUGGUCGACAUCGACGGCGAAGUCAAAGAAAAGGGCAAGAAGGGCUGGCUCGACGAUCUCGGAGAGCUCUGGGACGAUCGGCAAUACCAAGAGGAAUACAAUCUUGAUUCAUUUUUGGCCACGAUGAAGGGAUGACGAUGACGAUAUCACCUGAAUUUCUUUUCUUUUACCUUGCGUUGCUUUCUACUCCUGUACUUUUUUUUGAUGGCUGGCAAUUUUUCUCCCUAUUGUUUUUUUAUGUCUAAUAUUUAUUAUCAACCUUAUGUCAUUUCCCUUUUUUUGUUAUCAUCAUCCUUGUCUACGGAUGUGGAUGGAUUCGGAGUUCUGCUUUUUUUUUGACCCUGUAUCCCCUACUGCUUUUUUCGAUUUCUUCCUGUGACUCUACUCAUUACCUGUGAUAUUACCUACCCUGGAGGAGAAAACAAGAUCAGACCACCCACCAACCUUGGGA